UGCUUCAAGCUCGGCAUCACGACCUUGAAAAACAUAGACCAUCAAUCGCAUUUGGAUCACCUGCACGAAAGCUCGGCCUUGAACACGCACAAAACAUCCAAAAGCUCCGCUCACCAAUCGACAAGCGAUACUGUCUUGAAACCGCAUUUUCUUUUCUGGAAACCAUCAGCAACGAUGGACAGCAACGCGAGGCUUGCUGGGGCGCGCAAGCUAUGGAGGGCUUGGAGGACGAUACAUCAGAUGCUCUCAGACAGGGGCUAUGAGCUGUCCGAAGAAGAAUGCAACAUCUCUAUAGAACGUUUCCUCGCCGACUUCACCGAUGGUAACGGCAAUGUAGAUCAAUCUAAACUUACCUUCUCGGCGCGGCCUUCGGAUGCCAUGUUAAAACUGCACGCUCGCAUCCCCACACCCACCGAUCCAGACCCAGCUCCUGACUGCGGCUCCAUUUGGGUCGAGUUCAUCAACGAGGAGAAGAUCGGUGUUGGCCGGACCAAGCAGUUCGUCGAAGUGCUCCUCCAGUCCGGCUUCCGCGAUGGCAUUCUUGUCACGCAAGGUGCGCUGUCUUCGGGUGCCCGUCGCGCCCUCAGCGCAACCGGAUCCGGUGACAACAAGGUAGAGGCUUUUAUGCUGGAGGAUCUGCUGGUCAACAUUACGCACCACGAACUGGUUCCGAAGCACGUCAUGCUUAGCAGGGUCGAGAAGAAAGCCCUGCUCGAGCGUUACAGGCUGAAGGAGACCCAGCUGCCGCGAAUUCAGACGAAGGAUCCGGUUGCGAGGUACUUGGGGCUGCAAAGGGGCAACGUGGUCAAGAUUAUACGGCACAGUGAGACUGCUGGUCGAUAUGCCAGUUACCGUCUUACGGUAUGAGGUAUGGUGACCAGUCUUGAAAUUUCUUGGUCACCUCGUUUUAUUUCUUGUAUUUUUCUCUUCAACUACAGGGAAGCAGGCGUUAAUUAGGGGUGGAACUGGCUUAUACUCAUUUUGUGGGCGGCGUGUUCAUCAAAAGGUCGCUUGUUAGUGCCGGUAGGAAUUGACGACAGCUUCUUUCUCGGGAUAUGCUAAAUGUCAGAUGAAAAACAAAAAUUAAUCAUUUCUUUAGAAGAAGACGGAUGAACCCAAGACGCGAAGACGGACGCGGUUUCCACCUUCACAUUCAAGCACCGUGUUCA